AUGCAACUUGCCCUUGCAUACUACUUACUAUCCAAAACACUCAACCACAACUCCAGUCAGCAACUCCACCUCUUCUCUCACUUUCUUCUUCUUCUUCUCCUCGAAUCGAGGCAGUUUCCACGCAAGAUCUGGCAGUCUUGGAAGGUCGAUCCGACACGCUUUGAGACCAGGGAUGUUGAGAGAGCCAGAACUUGGACUGUCAAGAACCCAGGUCACCGCUACGAGGUCCUAACUGACAACAACGCCGACCACUACGUCGAACAUCAUUACGGACCGUCAGGUCUUGAUAGACCAGAUAUAAUCGGUGUUUACAAGUCACUCAACGCCAAGAUCAUCAAACAAGAUCUCCUGCGUUACCUCAUCAUGUAUGUUGAGGGCGGAGUCUAUGCAGACAUCGACGUGGAAGCCAUCAGACCCAUCAAAAAAUUCAUCCCCAAGAUAUAUGACGAAGCCGAUGUGGACAUGGUCAUCGGAAUUGAGACUGAUGAGCCCUCUUUCGCAUCUCAUCCGGUCUUGGGAUCGAAAGCACAAUCUUUCUGCCAGUGGACUUUUAUGUGUAAGCCAAGACUGCCAGUCAUGAUGCGCUUGAUCGAGAAUAUUAUGAAGUGGCUUCACGAACUGUCACGAGAGCAAGAUGUGCCAAUCUCUGAGCUUCAUCUCGACUUCAACGAAGUCUUGACCGGAACUGGUCCCUCAGCUUUCACCAAAGCGAUCCUUGCAGAGAUGUCAAAGGCCAUUGGCAAAACCGUGGCUUGGGACAAAUUUACAGGGCUUACUGAAGCGAAGCUCGUUGGCGGCGUCCUAGUCUUGCCAGUCGAGGCGUUUGCCGCAGGAACAGGCCAUUCAGAUUCUGGCAACCACAAGGGCAAAGGGGCGAUGGUGAAACAUCAUUUCCACGCAUCAUCCUGGCCUACGAACCAUCCUCGAUUUAAACAUCCUGUCUAUGGAGAGGUCGAGAAAUGCAAUUGGGAUGCAGAGUGUGUCAGGCUAUGGGACGCCAACACCGCCUUUUUCAAUGGCCUUCAAGAAGAAGAACGUCUGAGAAUCAUCAACAUCAAAGAGCAGCGAGCCUCGGAUCAACUCGCAGGCCCAGCCGGCGCUCCAGCAGCUGCUAAGGAUCCACCGUCGUCUGACCCAAAGGAAGAUCAGAUGCGAGAAGAGAUUGAUGCAGAGAAGAUAUCGGAAAAGCCAUCAGCUGAGAAUCUGAUGGCCCAUACCGAGCUGGCAAACCCCGAUCUAUUGAGCCUCCCGGAGGCCAAAGAAGCUGAGAUCGAGGUCUCACCAGCCGAUGCCCCCAUCGCGCCUAUCGUAGAGGUAAAAGAAGAUCGUAUGCUUGAGAUCAGGGCUGUAGACGCGGAACAUGAGACUUCCGGUGGUACUGUGUCAUGGACAGAGCUGACGCCAGGACUCGACUUGUAG